AUGUCGGAAUACAUGUACUCACAUGCCGCCGCCUUCUCUCCUCCCUCCAGCUCUGGCAGUAGUUCUCUGUCUCGCCCUCCAUCUCGUCGUAAGCCCAAGCCGCUCGAGCGAAGGUCACUCGACACCCCGACCCCGCGAUUCGACACAGCUCUCCCGCGAGAGUCGAGGACUGCCUCUAGUGCAGAUCGACCUGAGACCGCCGCGUCUGCGUCCUUGUCUCGGCACCUCUCAACGGAAGCGGCCUUUGAUGAGCUGGACCUGGACGCAAGAUCGGCCGACGCCAGCAUUGCCAGCAUCGCCGGCACUUUAAACUUCGAGCCACCUUUUGCAUCUGACGAGCCUGACACGCCCCGGGCCUCCCUCUCCUCGGCGACCUCGCCCAGGCGGAAGCGAUUGACGGCCUCGGAUCAUUUUACCAACUUCAGUGCUUCCACCUCCAACUUCUUCGCUACUACCAAGCGGAGUCUACUGAAAUCGCCAGUCAUCUCUCCAGGCAUCUCCCCCCGGACCGCUGCCUUCUCCGCCGGCGAGAUCCCCAAGCAUGUCGCCAUGGUUCCUGACGCCGAGUCUAACAAGUCGUCCCUAAGUUCGGGUUCGAAGCUUGUCAAUAACUCGUCAUCAUUCUCACGCACCGAGUCCGUCUCGUCGACGAGUAUCAACACAGCAUUAUCAGGCCGGACCGUCACCUCGACCGACAACUCUGCCUCUGGCGAGGCUCCUGGAAAUGCCGCCAACAACCCAAAACCCUUCGUCCAGCGCAAUGGCCGGACGUAUUACAACGACCCCAGUCUGGUAGAUCCCCUCCCAAUCGAUCUCACGGAACUCCACCGCCAAGCUCUCCGGACUCUGCUCCUUAUUCAGGUCCAUGGCGCCCCCGUGUGUGCCCCUUCACUCUCAGUCAAGCCACCGCUCAAAGUCCUCGAGCUGGGCUGUGGGUCAGGUUUCUGGAGUAUGAUGUGCCACAGACACUUCAAGAGCCGCGGACAUACCAAUAUUCAAUUCACCGGCAUGGACAUCGCCCCAUUGGCUCCCGGCAGCGUCAACAUCCCCUACGACUCUAUAAAGCCGGACCGGGACAUGAAUUGGACCUUUGUGCAGCACGACAUCCGUCAACCCUGGCCCUUCCCUGACAAUGAGUUUGACCUGGUUUUCUACAAGGACAUGACGCUCUCGAUAACCAUGGGAGAUCACGCGCCAUUGAUCGAUGAGCAGAUUCGCGUCCUCAAACCUGGUGGCACGCUGGAAAUCUGGGAGAGUGAUCAUAUCAUUAGAAUGCUUCGCCCCCAUGUGCCCAAUCCGACAGCCUCGGGUACGCAGGCGGAGCAGCAAGAAAUAGCUUCGAGCCUCGGAGCGUACAUGAUCAAUCUCAAUACUCCCUUGUCAGCUCCGCUAAACCCCUUUCUGACCGAGUAUAAUAACUGGAUCAACAAGGCAGCUGGGGAGCGUUCACUCCUGGUGACGCCCUGCACUGUGGUGAACCACUACUUGCUGCAGGAAACCGAGGCCCUCAAAGAAAUCAACUCACAUAGAGUAGCCAUCCCGCUUAGCGAAGUUCGCUGGGAGCGUGAGGGCGUCGGCGGUGUCGUCACCCGGGACGGAAAGUCCUACGUUGAGAUGAAGGGUGACCGGGGCCCGCACCAGAAGGUGGAGAAGAAGGCGCUGACGGCCGGACAGGCGGCACUGAGGAAAAUGGCACUGACCAUCGUGGUGGAGGAGAUCCAGUCGCUGGAACCCCUCCUCCGCGAGGCCAGCGGCAAGAGCCAGGACGAAUGGGACGUAUGGAUGGGCAAGAUGAUGAACGAUUUGAUGAGCGAAGGCGGCACGAGCUGGGGAGAAUGCCUCGAAGUAGGGGCAUGGUGGGCGACAAAGAGGUAG